AUGGGGCUGAGUCUGUGGGCCCAUUUGGCCAAGCUGGAUUCUGUGUACCGAGUACACAGGCAUGACUGGGAUCCUGUGUACCGAGUACAUGACCCUGGUGUGUACCUGGGGUCCGGGGUUGGCAAGAUUGAUGCCUGGCAGACCCUUAGUAACUUGUUCUAUCGCAUCUACUCUGUCCUUUCUUCUCAGACUCCUAAAAAGCAGUGGGAAAAUGUCACCUGGCUGGUGACAGAGUUUGUGCUGGUGGGUUUCUCCAACCACCCAGACCUGAGGGCCACCCUCUUCACGCUGUUCUUCCUCAUGUACCUGGUCACCCUCGGUGGCAACGUCACCAUCAUCACCAUUAUCCAUGCAGAUCGGACCCUUCACACGCCCAUGUACUGCUUCCUGGCGGCGCUGUCCCUCUCGGAGACCUGCUACACGCUGGCCACCAUCCCUAACAUGCUGGCUCACCUGCUGGCGGAGAGCCACUCCAUCUCCAUCGCUGGCUGUCGGGCUCAGAUGCUCUUCUUCCUGGGCCUGGGUUGCAGCCACUGCUUCUUGCUCACCCUGAUGGGCUAUGACCGCUACGUGGCCAUCUGCUGUCCCCUGCGCUACUCGGUGACCAUGAGACCCAGCGUGUGCCUCUGCCUGGGAGCCCUGGUCUUCUGCUGCGGCUUCUCAGUGGCCUUGAUCGAGACCAGCAUGAUCUUCUCCUCGCCCUUCUGCGGCAGCAACCGCGUGGAGCACUUUUUCUGCGACAUCGGCCCGGUCCUGAAGCUCAGCUGCGCCGCGAGCGCGGGCAGGGCCCUGGCCAUCUUCUUCCUCAGCGUCCUGGUGGUGCUGGUCUCCUUCCUCCUCAUUGUCCUCUCCUACGCCCUCAUCGCGGCCGCGGUGGCCAGGAUGCGGUCGGCGGCCGGGCGCCGCAAGGCCGCCUCCACCUGCGCCGCGCACCUCACCGUGGUCCUCGUGCACUUCGGCUGCGCCUCCAUCAUCUACCUGCGCCCCGACUCGGGGGGGCACCCCGACCGGGACCGCCUGGUGGCUGUCUUCUACACGGUGGUCACGCCGCUGCUCAACCCCGUGGUGUACACUCUGCGCAACAAGGAGGUGAGGGUGGCGCUGAGGAGGACCCUGGCGCGAAGCCGCGGGGCUCGCAAGUGA